GCCCCGCUCCGCCCCGCUCCACGGUGGGCACGGCCGGGCGCCGCUCCUGCGUACGGGCAGCCCCAGAGCCGGCCCUACGGCCGCUUUCCCAGCGGAUCCUGAGGUGCACUCCUUGGCGUGGGGUUCGGGCAGGCCUUCCUCGAGGAAACCCCUCCCGCGGCAAAAAAAUAUCCUUGUUAUUAUUUCCUCCCCCGCACCGCGUUUAGAACGGACUCCCCUUCCCCCCAGUUUAUUUUCCACUUUUCAGCAUGGCCGUGGACUGGAUCGGGUUCGGCUACGCCGCUCUGGUGACAUCGGGAGGGUUCAUUGGCUACGCCAAAGCAGGCAGCGUCCCAUCGCUGGUUGCUGGGCUGCUCUUUGGAAGUCUAGCUGGACUGGGCGCCUAUCAGCUCUCCCAGAAUCCAAGCAAUGUUUGGAUUUCUCUGAUUACAUCUGGAACACUGACUGCCGUAAUGGGAACAAGAUUUUACAACUCUGGGAAGUUCAUGCCUGCAGGGCUGAUUGCUGGUGUCAGUUUGCUAAUGGUUGGAAGAUUAGCGCUGAAGAUGUUGGAGAAGCCCCAUGAGAAGUAACUGCUCGUUUUACAGCUUAUCACCCGGAUGAGGAAACCUGAUAAUGACACUGUGUGAACGCAGAAGCAAGCAGGUUGGGGUGGAUAGUUUACUUACAAGGUGAAAUGAAAUACAUUUAUUUCAAGGAUCUGGUAGGGCUCUUACUGUGUAGUGAGAAUUUGGUCCUGGUUGCUUUUUUGAAACACAUUUCAAUGUAUUUUGACACUUUGGAUUUUUAUAUUCCAGAAUAUACUGAUGUCAUAUAUGAAGUAAAGUGGAUUUGUAAUUAAGCAAGCGACCGUGAGGUGUCACCAGAAAUAGCUAGCUGAACACAGCACUGAAUCUCAUGACUUUUAUACUGAGUACUACAGUAUGCUUUACCUGCUGUAUUCUGAGUUGAUACAUCACGUCUGUAUAACGCCAAACAAAUCUCAUCUUUUUAUUGUGAAAUGAUGCUGAAAUGUUGCUUUUCUACAAGUAAAACCUGUUGCAAACCUUUA